GCUAUAAAACAUUGGUCAGUGUCAUACUGUCAUUUGCGUGUGUCGUAGGGCGAAUUUGGUAAUUUUCGAUAAAAUAGAAAGAGUUUGGAAGAUAUGUGCGGGGGAUAUUUGUCGGUGUUCGCAGCUUACAACUUAUUCUUCCUUUCCAAUUCCCCGACUUCUCUUCUUCUCCCACACACACACACACACACACGCGCACUCUAUCUCUAUCUCCCUCUCCUACUUUGCAUCGCACACAGAACAACUGCUGAAAAACAGACAGAGUGUGGGCAGGAGGAAAAUUCAGCAAUUCAUCAAAUUUAUAAGAAAACUUGAGUGGGUAUAUAAUCCAAUUCUACAUUAUAUUUAGUACUUGAAAUGCAAGACAUUCAUUCAGUGGGAGGAGCGAGGUUCUUCGCAGGCUCAGGAGGAGGAGGAGGAGAUAGGCGGCUGAGGCCCCACCACCACCCGAACCAGCAGGCCUUGAAGUGCCCAAGGUGCGACUCUCUCAACACCAAGUUCUGCUACUACAACAACUACAACCUCUCUCAGCCCCGCCACUUCUGUAAGUCCUGCCGCCGCUACUGGACCAAAGGCGGCGUCCUCCGCAACGUCCCCGUUGGUGGCGGCUGCCGCAAAACCAAACGCUCCAAGCCCAAAUCCUCGUCCUCCUCAUCGCCACCGCCACCGCCGCCGCAGCCGAACAGUGCUACUGAUCAGCACAAAGCCAGCUCUCAUUCGAGCAGCGAGAGCUCUAGCCUCACCAACACAACCACCGCAGCCGCAGCCGUCGCGACGGCCACGGAGGCGGUUUCAGCGCCGUCUUCGACUAGUUCGGCUUCCAACCUGUUGAGUAAUAUUCAUCGUCAGGAGUCGAAAUUCUUCGGUUCUCAAAGCGGUGGUUUCGAGCCUGGUGCUGCCGCAGCGUUGGUUGAGCAGAGUACGGAGAUGAAUGGAAUGUUCUCGGAGAUUGGAAGCUUCACGAGCCUGAUCACGUCGUCCAACGACUUGCCGUUUGGUUUCGGUAACAUCGGCGUCACGGAUGCUUCGGUUUCGCCGUUUAGGGUGAAUCAGCAAGCGCAAGGGCAUCAUCAGAAUCAAUGGGCUCAGCAGAACCAGAGCGAGGAAUUGAAGAUGCAGGAGAUGAGUGGGGGAUUAAUGGAUCAGACGGGUCAGGUGGAUUUAUCAGUGUUCAAUGGCAGAUCCAACGGCGGAGGAGGAGGAGGAGUAUUUGGAUCGUUAGAUUGGCAAGCGGGUUCAGGGGAUCAAGGUUUGUUUGAUCUUCCUAACACCGUUGAUCAAGCAUAUUGGAGUCAGAGUCAAUGGACUGAUCAAGACCACCCUACGCUCUACCUCCCGUAAAAAUCUCUCACUCUAAUUAACCAUCCAUUCUCCUUUAUAAAAAGAAAAUGGAGAAUCUCAAAAGAAAUUGGAAUUUAAGAGGAGUUUUUAUAAAAUUAUGAAUAUAUAACUGCUCUGCUCUUGUAUGUAUGUAAAUUUCAUAUAUAUUUUUUCUUUUCGGGGGGGUUUAAUUAAUGUGAUGAUUUGGAAGGUGUUAUUUUUGCUGGGUUUACUCUUUGCCUCUUGAGGGUCAUUUGCAACUAACCUUCAUGUUAGUUUUCAUUUUUAAUCUUUGCUUUUUCUUUUUGAGGGGUUCUUUUUGUAUCUGGCCUUUGAAUGAAUCAAAUAUAUAGAGAGAAAUAUUAUAGUGUCU